AUGGCAUCCGCGACACCGGCUCCAGCAGAACAGGCGCCCCCGCGGCCUCUGUCAUUCGCCAAGGUCGCGGCUUCCGCCAUAAAACCCCAGACGUCGAAAGAUUCUGCUCCAAAAGCGAGGCCGCCUGUUGCGACACCUAGAAUACCUGCCAUCGCCCACAAGGCGCGCUCUAUCCCCAUGAACGGCGAGGUACCGCCCAGAAUUCUCGCGGAAAAGCGAGAGGAUAACGAUGCGAGCAAAAGCGCUGAAAAUGCCAUCUCGCCGCCGGCGCAGCAGACAAGCACCGCCGAGCUAUCGGACACACCGUCCACAGACCCCAAAGGGGAAGCUGUCGAUAGGCCCCAGUCUGCUGCUGUAGUCAAGGUGUCUGUUACCGAGGACAGCAGCACUCAGCUCUCCUCGUCAGAUGGAUCCGGGAAACCUCCCAGUGUUGAUGGAAAGAGUGUUGCUUCUGCAACCACCUUUGCGCUCGACGAGAAGGAGUCUUUGCGCCCAGACGACAGUGCCAGCCUCAGGGCAGUCGAGGAAGAGGAUGUCACAUCCCCACCCGACUCAGUCGUUGCAGACUCCCGGCAGGGAUCUGAUCACGGCGCUGCGCGUGCCUUCCGAGACCAGCUACAUGAAAUAGCGGUGAUGAAUCCUCAACCUAAGCGAGAAGGUCCUCCAGGUCGAUUUCCAACACUAACCAAUGGUCCGCAAACUUUGUACGACCCUAACCAGUCGCUGAACAGCGCAGGGCUCAUGUCGCAGCCUAUGGUCAAUGGUAUGCCCUCACUCAACGGUGUUCCCAACAUGCCCGCCAUUCCAGACGAGAAGCUGCUUGAAGCACUGCGGUCUCCACGCGAUCGUUUGUUUGUAGUCAAGAUUGAACAAGACUUUAUUGAUUUCAUCAAAGAUUCUCGGAUGCUUGCCCACCGUCUUGCGGACUACUAUUUGCUCGGCCACGUGGUCGACACUACUAUGACUGGUGUGAAGAUUACACGAACACCUUACUGUAGGAUCCCACCUCCCGUGUCACAGAUGGUUGAUCCUGCCAAGGGUACCAAUACACCUCCUGUAGAGCUUCCUGCUCGUAAGAUAAUGCGUCGCGACGAUGGAAAAUCAGGUACAAACACUGGAGCUAAUUCGCAAAAUGCCUCAAAGACGACUUCUGAGAUGGGUGGUAGUGAGGGCAGCAAUGACGGCGAAGGCAGCAAAGAUAAAGCCGCUCUAUCCAGAGAAGAGCGUGAGGCACGUUAUCGUGAGGCCCGUCAGCGCAUCUUCGGAAGUGCAGAGAGCGAAGAGCCCGAGGUGGCAGAAAGCAAUGGACCUGGAGAAGACAAAAACAAAGGGAAGGACAUCUCACGAUCAAGUUCCGCUGCUGGAAAGAAGAAGCCCAAGAAGCAGCGUAACUACGACGAUGAUGACUUUCAGGCUCGUUCCCGCUUUAAUGUGUACUACCCGCAACAGUAUCCUGUGGCUACAUACACUGGAGAUAACGCGGUCUACUACAACGGUUACCCAGGUCCUGCACAGAAUGCGCCAUAUGCAACCAUGAAUCCUGGUGCUUCUCCUCCGGCUGCUUUCAGCAACCCGUAUCCGGGCAUGAUGGCCCCAGAGGCGCAGUCGCAGUAUGGUUGGGCUGGUCAACAGUACCAGGCCUCUAACGGGUCAAUGAUGGCGUACCCCGGUUAUGGACAAGCAUCGAAUGGUUACGACAUAUCGGCAGACUUCCAAAGGGGUAUGUCGUCCUUCCAGAGCGCUGGCAUGCCUUCUCAAGUCACUCCGAAGAUGGCCAAUCCGCAAAUGGCAUCUUAUCAAGAUACCUACCAGCAACCACAACACAUGCCUGUGAAUUCUGGUUGGUCACACGCAAAUCAACAGCCCUCAUUCCACAUAGCUCAGGGUGCAUACAAUGCUCAGAAUGGUCCUGGCAACCGCCCCAUGUCCGCACCCCACCAAGCACCAAUGCCUGGGUAUUCCUACGGGCAGUUCGCCUCAAAUGCUUACAAUGGAAAGUCAAAUCGCAACCAGCAUCCUCUUCCAGGAAGCUAUAACCGUGGACAGUUCAACCCACAAACUCAAGCUUUUGUUCCCGGUGGACGUAACAUACCCUUCGGAAUGCAGCAAAAUAUGAUGCAGGGACAGCCUCAGUUAAAUGGGUACGGCGGAUACCAAAUGUCGGCUCAGACUUCCAUGCCUGCUCAAAUGCCUAGACCCAACCCUUCUUCUAAUUCCACACCGUCGUUUGGGUCACCUCAAAGUAUACAGGGCAACAACUCAGCCACUUCCAUGAACCGAAUCGCCUCCCAGACUGGCGAGCCGGGGUCAUCUCAAAGCAGCAUCGCAAAAUAUGGUACACCUUCACAUCUGCCUCCAAAGCCUCCAGCUCCAGCUCCAGCUCCAGCUCCACCGUUUGCUUUGCCCUCUAUGACGCGAGUACCAUCAUCCGGGCUUGCUAACAAUGCUCCUACAAUGUCCACUCGAGGCGGGUCGGGCAACUUCAAUAACAACACGAACCCCAACUAA